UCUCCCUCUCUCUCUCCCUCCUUCUCUCUUCUCUCUGUCCGCUCCCUCUCCUCUCUCUGCCCUCUAUCUUCUCCUCUCUCGGCCGGCGAGGCUAGAUCGAAGUUGCCCGCGCCCUUGCACUUGACUCCCAGAGCCGACUUCAUGGCUUCGCUGUAUCAGAGGAUCACUGGGCAGAUCAACACUUCCAGGUCUUACCCAGCCCCGGCUGAAGGCAGUCACCUCCUGGCUGGCCAAUACCCCGAAGACGACACCGCGGGCAAAAACGCACGACCCCUGGAAGAGAACCGGCCCCGCAUCCAGUACCAGCAGAGCGAAGACGAUGAGCUGGUUGGGAGUAACCCUCCACAGAGGAAUUGGAAAGGGAUAGCAAUUGCACUGCUGGUUAUUCUUGUCAUCUGCUCACUGAUUGUAACCUCUGUCAUCCUCCUUACUCCAGUUGAAGACAACAGCCUGGCCUUGAAGGCGAAAGUCACCAUCGACGAUCUCUUCACUGAAGAAUUCAAGGUUCAUGAUGUUGAGGCUGAGUGGAUCAACGGUUCUGAGCUGCUGUAUCGCACCUGGGAUGGAAACCUGGAGAGGUUGAACGUUGAAACCAUGGGCACGGGUCUUCUGAUGACAAACCGCAAAUUUCAAGAAUUUAAAGUCAGCAAAUAUGAAGUAUCGCCGGAUAUGAAGUUUGUUCUCCUUGCGUAUGACAUUGAACAGACUCACCGCCAUUCCUUCACAGCUCACUACACCCUGUGUAACCUGCACACAUGGGAGCACCUUGCCUUGAACCCACCGGAGGUGAAGAAUGCACGCUUGCAAUAUGCAGGCUGGGGCGUCCAAGGUCAACAACUGAUCUUCAUUUUCGAGAACAACAUCUUCUAUCUGCUGAACGUCAACAGCCGAGCUAUACGCCUGGUAGCAACUGGGAAGGAAGGGCUGAUUUUCAAUGGCCUGAGUGACUGGCUGUAUGAAGAGGAGCUCCUGAGAACCAACAUCGCCCACUGGUGGUCUCCAGAUGGUGCCAGGCUUGCCUAUGCCACGAUCAAUGACUCGAGGGUGCCCACCAUGGAAAUCCCGAUGUACCUCAACUCACUGUACCCGACCGGGAAAGUGUACCCUUAUCCAAAGGCCGGCCAAGAGAAUCCAACCAUCUCCCUCUACGUGGUGAAUUUAAAUGGGCCGACACAUACACGGGAGAUGAUCCCUCCAGAUGACACCAGAAUGAAGGAAUAUUAUGUCACCAUGGUGACAUGGGCAAGCAGCACUAAACUAGCGGUGAACUGGUUGAACAGACCCCAGAAUGUUUCCAUCUUGACCUUGUGUGAGGCAACAACGGGAAUUUGCACCAAGAAACAUGAGGAUGAAAGUGAAAGUUGGUUAUCCAGACAGAACGAGGCUCCUUUAUUCUCCAGAAAUGGAAGGAAGUUUUUUUUCAUCCGCCCCAAUCCACAGGGAGGCAGAGGGAAGUUCUACCACAUCGCAAUGUCGUCUGCUCAAGUUAACAAUACUAUCGAUAAUCUGCAAUCCAUCACCUCCGGCAACUGGGAUGUGACACAGAUUUUGACAUACGAUGAACUUCAUCAGAAAAUUUACUUUCUGAGCACAGAGGACUCUCCGUUACGGCGACAAUUGUACAGUGCAGAGACCAGCGGGACCUUUAACAGGCGCUGCCUGUCCUGUGAUCUGAUCCCAAACUGCACAUUCUUCAGCGCUUCAUUUAGUCACAACAUGCAUUACUUCCUGCUGUACUGCAAAGGGCCAGGAGUUCCAAAGGUCACAGUUCACAGCACCAGUAACAGGCAUGAAUAUUUUGUGCUGGAGAGAAACGAGAAGGUCGAGAAUGCCACUGAGAGCAAGCAAAUGCCCAAGAUAGAGUUCAAAGAAAUUCAAAUAAAAGAUUACACACUCACAAUGCAAAUUGUCAAGCCAGCAGGAUUCUCAGACCUGUCACGAUAUCCUUUGUUGCUUAUUGUUGGUGACAGUCCUGGUACCCAGAUUGUCACAGAGCAGUUCCAAGUAGAUUGGACAAGUGUGCUUGUUAGUUCAUUCAACGCUAUUGUGGUCAGAUUCGAUGGGCGCGGCAGCGGUUUCCAAGGAACCAAACUCUUGUACGAAAUAAAGGGAAAACUGGGAACCGUGGAAGAAAAAGAUCAAACGGAUGCUUUGAAGAUUCUCUUGAGGGAAACUUAUGUUGAUGUAACCAGGAUUGGAGUUUUUGGGCAGGCAUACGGUGGUUAUCUGACUUUGAUGUUACUCACAACAGAACACGACUUGGACAAAAAAGAUGCCUCAUUCAAGUGUGGAGUUGCACUUUCACCAAUAACAGACUUUAAACUGUACGCAUCUGCAUUCUCGGAACGAUAUCUGGGCAUGCUCAGCAAAACAGAACAAGGUUACGGGGUAUCAGAAGUUCCAUAUCGAGUGCUAAGGCUAAGAGAGGAAGAUCUAUUGUUAAUCCACGGGACUGCAGAUGAAACUGUCCACUUCCAGCACACGGCAGACCUAAUAACCCACUUAAUCAAUGCAAAGGCUAACUAUUCUUUGCAGAUAUACCCGGACGAGGGUCACUUCAUGGAGAAAGCAUCAGUCAAACAGCACCUGCACAAGUCCAUUGUUCGGUUCUUUGAGAAAUGCUUUAGUGCCCCUGACAAGGCCCCGUUAAAAACAGAAGUGGAGGAGGAAGAGGAUGAUUAGACUUUUUGAGCUGGGUGCCAAGCACAAGACAUCUCUUUUAUAGAUACGACUGAUUUUUGUUUUUUUUCCGAUACAGUGUUAUGUUAGCAUGUUUCAGAGACUGAGAGCAGCUUCACUGGUGUUACCGCUUUGCCAUAGGAAGAGGCUCCAGAAUAAGAUCCAAAGUUGGCGUUGUCGACUGUAGCAGAGCGACUGAUGUCCCCCCAACAUCCCGACAACAACCCCACCCACCCCUGCCGAGUGGUGUCAACUCCUGCGCUCCCUUGAGACUGGACGCAAGGGAAAUAAAAUGCCCUCAAAGGAUGGCUGAGGUGAGAAGUCUAGCAGGGCAACACCAUUACAGUGAACGACUUGUCAGAUACAACCAGACAUCAGCAACAAUGAACUCCACGCCCGGUUCACAUCGACAGACGGUCUUGAUAUCCGUGGCAAAUAGCACAACGGCAUCAGAGUGAUUCAACUUGCAGGGGGACCUCCACUAUUUGUAUCUCAUGUUCACAAGUCAUCGGAGCAGAAUUAGGUUGCUGGGCCCAUUGGGUCCACUCCGGGUCUACCACUUCCAAGUGUCCAGCUCCCCCUCCCCCACGUCCGGCCAGUGUUAUCCUCAGCGGUCCAAGCUGAAGGCUGGCACAUCACCUCCUCCUGCCCGAUUGUGCCAACCACUCCUCUCGCCCGUACGUUGGCUCAGUGCCCAUUUCCAAGGGAUUGGCCAGGCCACCCACCACCUCCAUCCACGAGGUAGACCAUCUCCAUUGCGGCCAACAGCGGGAAGGUUCUGCCGAUAAUUCCAAUGCUCUGAACCUUCUGGUGAUCUGAUCCCCACCCCCGUCGCCUCAAUGAACUAAACUCCCUCUUUCUUCCAUCAUGGUUGCUCUCCUGUUCAUUUUCAUGGAAGCUCCAUUUCGACCUGUCUCAGCAGUAACGAUGAAACCCAGCUCCAGCUCUCGGUCGUCGAAUCGUUUGCUCUUUACUUCAAUGAAUGUAUAUCCCAGUUGCUAACGAUAACAUGACAGAGUUCUCAAUGUACGUAUUUCUGUGUCUGUUUUUCUAAAGGUCAUCAGUGCAUGGCAGUGCAGCACUUCAUCCAUGCACUGUUGCAGAGUGCUUGCUUUAAGUGUGCCGUGGGAAGUGGACAAGUCUGAUUUCUUUGCACAGUGACUUUCGAAUUGCUUUCUCCCCCUUUGCACUUUUUCGCUCGCUUGCAGAUCAUUUUCUGGUGACAUUUCUUUAAUCCUCUGAGCACCACGGUCUUUACCUAUUAAUCACACUGCAGAAACUUAACAGCUCAUUCAACAGCUCUGUUGAUCCUGUGAAGCUAAGAUGCCGGCAAUCAGAGGGUAAAUUGCAACCAGUUCUCAGAAGUGAUUUGCUACUGUAAAAUACAAUUUGGUGUUGAAUAUUAUAUGACCAAGCAAGAUGAACAACAGUAUCCAAAGUGUUCAUAAGUGUUCUUUAAAAAAAAAGAAAAUAGCAUCCGAACGUCUCUCAUAUAAGCUUUAAUGAUUCUGUAAUACAUUGCGAUUUUGUUUUAAAAAGACAUAGAAUUGGACAUCAUACAAACCUUGAAGCCUACACCAUCUGACUAUUCGUGAUGCCUAACUAUGCUCCACCUGAAACCCCUCUGCUCCUUUCCAUUCCACACACUGGUUAAACAUGGUAAUUAGAUUUGCCUCCACUAUCCUCUCCAGAAACUCAUUUAAAAUAUUCACCACCCUCUGUGUGAAAAGCUUAUUUCUCACAGUGUCUUUAACUUGCUCCCCUCACAUUUUAAAUCCGUGCCCACUGGUACUGAACUCUCCUGUCCUUGCAGAAUAAUUCUGGUUUUCUACCCAAAAAGACACAAAGUGCUAGUGUAUCUCGGUAGGUCAAGCAAAAUCUCUGGAGAACAUGGAUAGAUUUAGUUUAGUUUAUUGCCACGUGUAUCGAAGUACAGGGAAAAGCUUUUUGUUGCGUGCUAUCCAGUCAGCAGAAAGACUAUACCUGAUUACAAUCAAGCCGUCCACAAUGUAAUGUUUAGGUUGGAGACCUGUCUGAAGAAGGGUCUUGACGUGAAAUGUCACCAAUCCAUGUUCUUCAGAGAUGCUGCCAGACCUGCUGAGUUACUCCAGUGCUCUGUGUUCUUUUGUGUAUUAACCAGCUCUUUGUUUCUACAAUCAGAUUUUCUAUUUCAUCUGCACCUGUCAUCAUUUUGUAAAUCUCUGUAAUGUAAACUUGCAACCUCUUACAUUCCAGUUAGAAUUGACCCAGCCUCUCUCCUCAUAACUGCAGCCUUCCUUUCCGAGCAACAUUCUGGAGAAUCUCUUCUGCAUUUUCUCUAUUGUUGCCAAAUCCUUCCUGUGUUGUGUAUUUACACAAUACUCUAAGUUCGCCGCGGUCUAAGCAACGCUUUGUACAACACCAACGUGACAUCCCCACUCAAAGCCUCAACCAAGGCAGGCAAACAUACCAAAUGUCUUGGAGGAACUUAAAGCAAUUUGUUUUGUGAUCAAGAUUUGUGAUCGUGAUUCCAGCAUUUGCAGCCUCCUACAAUACAAAAUCCCUACCCUAUCCUGCUGUGUCAUCACGUUCGACAGGCUAUGUACUUGCACCCCAGGGAAUCUACACACAAUGUUCGUAGGGUCUUGAUGGUAUUGUUCACUUUUUUUUAGAUACCCUGAAAUUAAACAGGUGGGGAAAAGGGAUUGCAGCAUCUUGACAGCAAUUUAUUACUCAGAGGAUUAAAAAUGCAGAUAUUUCCUUUAAAAUCACUUCAUUGGAUGCUUUGAGUAUUUUGCCCAUUGAUGUCAUCAGUGCCUAAUUUUGCAAAUUUGCUCAGCUUCCAGGGAGAUUUUUUUCCUCUAAGCUCUCUCGUUUUUGAAGAUUAAUAAAGAUAUUGGUAUAAAUUCACCAUGAACAGCAGGUAGGCUUAUCUGGAGAUAGGUUUGGUUAGGAAUAAUAACAAUGUGCAUAAACAUUGAGAAGAGCAGUGAAGAUUUUAAAGGCUAAGAUGUCACUAUUCUGGGAACAUUGCAAAUACUGGGCUUGUAUUCUUUCGAGUUUCAUAGUUCAAGGAGUGAACUGGUUGGUGUGUUCAGAGAUGUCCUCUGUUGGGAGUGAGGGGAUCGGAGAAGAAGGACGCAAAGCCGUAAAGUUAGAGCCAGGAUCGAUGUAGGCAAACAAAACUCCAAGGAUCUGAUGCUGACUGACUGUAAGGAUGAUAGAACAGGAUCAACCAGUGCCUUCGAAAGGGAAUUGGAUAGGCACAAGGCAGGCACGUUAACUUAUAACUUACACUGAUUCCAAAGGAGGCUGGUUGGCCCAUCAGGUCCAUGCUAGCUCUCAGCAGGGUGGGCACAGUGGCACAGCGGCAGAGUUGCUGCCUUACAGCAGCAGAAACCCGGGUUCGAUCCUGACUAUGGGUGCUGUCUGUACGGAGUUUUCACCUUCUCCCUGUGACCUGUUUGGAUUUUCUCUGGGAUCUCUGGUUUCUUCCUAUACUGCAAAGACGUGCAGGAUUGUAGGCUAAUUGACCCGGUACAAUUGUAAAUUAUCCCUAGAGUGUGUAGGAUAGUGUAAAUGUAUGGGGAUUGCUGGUCGGCGUGGACUCGGUAAGCCUGUUUCCACACAGUGUCUCCAAACUAAACUAAAACUAAGAGUUAUCCCAUUCUCCAUCUCCAUUAUCCCUAUAUCCCUGCAACUUAUUCUACUCAAAUGUGCUCAUAAACUUUCCUUUCGAUUAUUCUUGCCGUUAGCCCACACUGAGGAUAAUUUGGAGUGGCGGCUAACCUACUAACGUGUCUUUGGGAUGUGGGAGAAAGCCAAGUACCUGGGAGAGAGUAUUAUCUCCAUAGAGUCAUAGCCAUGUGGAAACAGGCCCAUCGGCCCAACCUGCCCAUGCUAACCAACCUGUCCAUCUACACUGGCCCAUACCCCUCUAAACCUGUCAAGUUCGUGUGGCUGUCUAAAUGUUUCUUAAACGUGCUUCCAAAUGGAACAUCAAAUAGAAACAAGGUCUCUGAAGCCCAGAGGCAGCAGCACUAACUGCUGCAACUUUACGCUGCCCAAAUAAAGAGAAAGGACAGGGCAAUAUGACUCAAUAGAGCCCUUGGAUUUCAUUGUCCAAAUGAACAACUGGCCCAUACCAAUCUAUGUUUCUGUGUGUGGGUGUUACCACAUCAUUGUACUCAUCCCUAAAUUUGGUUUGAUUUAGAUGUACAGCCAGUAAAUAGGCCCUUCGGUCCACCGAGUCCGCACCGACCAGCGAUCCCCGCACACUAACACUUGUCCUACACUCACACAUUUACACCAAGCCAAUUAACCUACAAACCUUAACGUCUUUGGAUUGUGGGAGAUCAUACACGCAGGUCACGGGAAAACCUACAAACUGCGUUCAGACAAGCACCCAUUGUCAGAAUUGAAGCAGGGUCUCUGGUGCAGUGAGGCAGAAGCUCUAUUGCUGUGCCACUGUCAUUGUUGUCUUGUUCCAUUGACCAUAUCUGUGAUAUAACUGCAACCACUGGACGAUAUUCUUAGAGGUACUCAGCGUUCAAAGACAAGUUUCUGCCCCACCCCUUUAAGUUGUAACUAGACCUCAUCCAAUCCCAACUCCUCUCCCCUUUCAGAAACCUUUCAGUAACAGAAUGUUAUGGGUACAUGCGAACAGCACUCACUUUCAAUACAAUAUGGGCCCUGCACGCAGCUCCCUCCAAACCUGCUGAGUUUUAAACCCCUGUUUUCAGUGACUCCUCCCUUAUGGUAUUUACCUACUUCUUAAGCCAAUGUCGGCCUCGACAAACCGUGCCCCCAAAACCUAGCCGCAGGUCCUGAAUACUCCCUGUGGGAACCCCCCCCCCCCCCCCUCCCUUGGAUUGCUCUUGAUCAACCCCCUACCCCAGUUCUAAAUCUCACCACUCUUGUUUGUGGCAUCCAAGGUCAUCUUUCUCCAGUGUGGUGACUCAGGAUGUGUGUGGGACCAAGAAGAAGAUGGAGCCAGACUAUCAAAGUGCUAACUAAAAAAUCCAUUGCAGUCCUAUUGUUACCAUCAAGUUACCAUCGGACUACCAGCCCUGUGCUAUAACGUUAUAGUUCAGUCACACUCACGUUAGAAGCCCAUGUUAGUAAACCUUGCUGUCUAAUUAUCAAUAACUAUACUAUAGAUGCAUUUAUGCCAUUGCUUUAAACAUCUCAUUUUCAUCAAUGCUCUGUAUGUAAAACUGUCUCACUGUACUUGAGUGAGUUGAAGAUAUCAUUUCCUACCAAACUUACUAAAUAAACGAUAUUAAAUCCUGAGAUCCCUCAA